AUGCCACAACACCAACAACCACAAGACUACUACAACAGGUCACCCAACGCCCUACCGACAGCUCCCACUGAGCCCACAGACCGAAACGAAGACGCCGCAACUGCCGCUGUAGCCGCCCUGAGACCCGCUGGCACCAUCCCAGUCACCAAACAGGUAGCAACUCUGCCUCCACCAUCCUCCCCUCACAAAACGAAGUACCUUUCACCUGCCUCCCGUCCGCCCAGGAUAUCGUCGUUGUUGCCUCCGCCGCGCGCUCUAACCAAGCUGCACGUCGAAGACAACAAGUACACAAACAGGGCCGGCUCCGCCGCCGUCGCCGACCACCACCCUCACCAACAUCAACUUACCAGCGCCGCGAUAAAAGAAGACGGAGCCCAUAUUUCAACAGAUCGCGACGACCGCCAGAGCGCUCACGGUGCGAGACAUUCAAAAACAUAUCAGUGGCCCGGUCACAGUCCAUACGACCUACUCGAAACCCCUGAAUCGCAGGGUCGCUCAACGCCAUUGCAACACCGUACCUCCAGCACCCCCCACCCACGAGGAACAGCGGCGCGCCUCCACGCCCGCAUCACAGACCAACAAUUGCAGUCUGCCCCCGAAGCCCCGCCACCGCUCGAAUCUCUCUCACCACUGGAUCGGGGCGUUACCAAGUCGGUAUCGCCAAUCGCGGGUAGUCCUCACAGCGAGCCUUCAUCACCCGAAGGGUCAAGGCACCAUAUGCCCCAGGAAUUGAUAUACAAUGGCCAAACGGCGCGGGGCCAUACCCGCCGCCGCAGCUCAAAGGGAACAAGCGAUGUUGACAAAGGAAAGGCGGCCAAGCCGCCAUCCCAAAAAGCGAUGCUGUCGCGGGCCCUACAAAAGGCAAACACGGCCGUCCAGCUCGACAAUGCGCAUAACCUCGAGGGUGCUCGCAUAGCAUAUUCGGAAGCUUGUGAACUUCUGCAGCAGGUGUUGCGACGAACUUCCGGCGAUGAAGAUAAGCGGAAACUCGAGGCAAUCCGCCAAACGUAUGCCAGUCGAAUAGAAGAACUAGAUCAGAUAGGGCCGAUGCAGGAGCAGGAUAUGGCAUCGAAGGCGCUGCCUGCUAGGCCCGGUAGCGACGAAUACAGCCCGGAGCUCCCCCACAAUCGAUACAGCACCCCCAACCUCGCAUCCACCGUCAUGAACCCGGACGCAAGCAGAGGUGCAGAGAGCUCAAACACAACUCGAAGUCAUCCUCGACGGUCAGUCUCACCAGCGACGCUUUCUCGGCAGCAGGGCAACGACCAACCGCCCCCCAACAUCAGGGCUACAGAAUGGCAUCGAGCAGCCCCAAGCGGCCAGCAAGGCAUGCUGCAAUCGUCGUUUUCGAAAAGUAGCUCUCGAUCCAAUCACACUCCCACUGGCUCACAGGAACGAGCUCUUGACAUGCCACUGCCACUGAACCGCGCAGCAUCGCCGUUGAAAAGCCCACCAGCACACCAUGCCAAGUAUGAACAGAACCAUAGCCAGUCUGGGCGAACCGCCUCGAGAGAUAAUAUUGGCCAUGCUCGUGACGGCAGUCAAAACUCAUGGCUCGAUGGAGUUGGGGAAUCUGGCGGCUCAACAACAUCAUCUAUUCACUCAAGGACCUCGUCACAAGGGGUACGAAGAAAGCAUAUACGAGGUUUAAGCGGCAAUACUGAAUCCGAGUUCGAUAAUGCUCUUGACGCUGCAAUCGAAGCUGCCUAUGACGAUGGGUAUGAGCCUAUGGAGGGCGUCGAUAUAGGAGGGAGAGAAGAAGGUGAGGAAGCCGUGGCAAGGGUUCUGCGGAAAGUCGAGAUUGCUCGCGAGCGAGUUCGUCAGACGGAGCAGGAAACACUUUCCCUCUCCAACGGCACGAACAUGGCUGAGUUGCUUUCACCCAGACAUUACAAGCCCCCCAAUACUCAACAUGGCUUCUAUGAUGACUGCUCAUCGGACGAUGAAGAGCGCAUGCUGGAGGAAAUGGCUCGCGACUAUGACAUUGGCGACUUUACUAUGAACGAAGCAGUGCCUAUUAUAGUAACCCGUGAUAAGAAAUGGCUACCCACCCAGCAGGGGGAAAUACCAAGCGAAGCAAGAUCACAAGUCGAGCCUCUGCGGCCCCUGGUAGAGAAGAAGUCGAUCUCCAACAUCAUCAAAGGCCUCGGGCCGAGCUUGCCGCCCCCAAACGCUUCACUACCCGAACUUCCACCCCCACGUGGAACGUCUCCCAUCCAGAGUGUCAGGAACCGUCGCCUCUCUGGUCAGAAUCCUAAGCAGCUAAAGAUUGACACCACAAAGCCGACCCCAAGCCCUCUGGUCAUUCAAUCACACCCAGAUCAGCCGAGUGCUGUUCGAGAUCAAGAGAAUGAACGACGGUCUACCGCCACGGGGCGCAUUCGUACCGCUUCACAUACCCGUUCGACUCCAUCCAUAGAUGUCACUUCUGACCCGUCGACUCUUGUACCACUGGGGAGUCAUCAAAUACCCGCGGACCCGGGAGAAGCUGCAUUAGCUAAACCGACUUCGCCAACCGCCACUAGCAAUAAGUUGCGGAAGAACUUCUCAUCGUCAAGCCUACGGAGCAUCAAGAGUAGGAACAUGUCAUUGUCAAACCUCGAAGAUCCAUCGGACAUGUCUCCAGGCACCCCGUCAAGUAACCAGUUUGGCGGUUCGAGAACCCCAGCAGUGCCCACCAUUCCAACGCCUAUGAGCUCUGAGUUUCGAGAUAACCUCGACUCCUCUUCCACAGGGGCCCGUCUUUUCGACGAUCACUUUCACCAGCCUACAAGCCCAGGGUCGGCGCACAAUGCAACCGUGGAUGCCCCAGUGCCUAUGGAACCCUGCCCUCACGACUUUAUGCUCCGGCCCUUCUGGCUUAUGAGAUGCAUCUUUCAGACACUAGUGCACCCGCGAGGUGGCUAUGUUAGUACAAAGCUGUUUGUCCCCCGUGACGUUUGGAAAGUGAAGGGCGUAAAGCUCAAAAACGUCGACGAUAAAAUUGCGAAUUGUGACCUCCUUACGGCCGCCUUGCUCAAACUGGCUCGAGUGGAUACGUGCGACGCGGAUGCUGUUCUGGAAGAAAUGCAAUCGCUGGAAGGCAUCCUCGAGCAGGUACAGGCGUCACUGACGCGGAAACUUGGAAAUGAUGUCGGAGUCCAAGGUUCAGGAUCGCUCUUUAAAGAGGCAGGCGGUGAUGGGGAUAGUAUGCCUGGCGCCACACGCUCAAGUAAUACCUCAGGCAAGCCAUCUUUUUCCUGGCGACGCUUAAGAUCCAAGAGCUCGGGCAUUGCGCUCAGUGGCGCGUACAACAACAACAACAACAACAACAACAACAACAACAACAACAGGACUGCCGUGGGAGACGCAAAUAAAGGAGACACAACCCUGCACAGUCUACCAAUGACGGCGCAACCAACAAGUCGCCCACCGAGACGUGACCUCACUCAAGCCCACUUUGUUGGGCCCAAUGCAAACUAUAUGAGUUCGCUAGCACGGUUGUUUGAUGCUGCCCAAGCUGUCGACCAGAUUGCUCGACAGGUGGAUGAUCCCGGCCUGCGCCAUGCUGACAAGACGCAGGUUGGCUUAGAGCUCUGCACACGUCAUGCUGCCGAAUUCUUCGGCUUCUACAUCUGUCGAUUUGCUCUGGCUGACCUUGGAUUACUGCUCGAGAAGUUUAUCAAGCGGGGAAGCGAAUGGACUAAAUCAACGCCAGCCCAGCUCGAGGCACGCAUAGCGGCCAUUCCGAUCGAGCGAUAUAGAAACUUCUGUAUAGUGGCGCAUAUCGACCACGGGAAAAGCACACUUAGCGACCGGCUGCUCGAGCACACGGGCACAAUUUCGGCCAGCGACGCGAACAAGCAAAUUCUGGACAAGCUCGACGUCGAGCGCGAGCGUGGAAUCACAGUCAAGGCGCAGACAUGUACAAUGCUUUACAACCACAAAGGCGACGACUAUCUCUUGCACCUGGUCGAUACACCUGGUCAUGUUGACUUUCGGGCCGAGGUUACGCGCUCUUACGCCAGUUGCGGCGGCGCCAUAUUACUGGUAGACGCCAGUCAAGGUAUACAGGCGCAGACAGUCUCGAAUUUCCAUCUGGCCUUUGCGCAGGACCUUGCGUUGCUACCGGUGGUCAACAAGAUCGAUAUGCCAUCGGCUGAUGUUCCCUCCGUCCUGAAACAUAUCGAAGAAAGCUUCGAGUUGAACCCAAAAGAAGCCGUCCUCGUCAGCGCCAAAACGGGCAAAGGUAUUGACGCGGUGCUCCCGGCGGUCAUUGAAAAGGUGCCUCAUCCGGUAGGCAAUCGCAACAAACCGCUAAAGAUGCUUCUGGUGGAUUCUUGGUACGACAAUUUUCGCGGUGUUGUUCUGCUUGUGAGGAUCUUCGACGGCACGAUCCGGGCAGGUGACACUGUGGUAUCGCUCGGCACCGGCAUGAAGUAUACUGUCGGCCAAGUCGGCGUCCAGUAUCCUGACGCCACACCACAAAAAGUAUUGAGUGCAGGGCAAGUUGGAUACGUUUACUUUAACCCCGGCAUGAAGCAAAUUAAAGAUGCCAAGCUCGGGGACACCUUCACAGCGAUUGGCAGCGAAGAACUCGUUAAGCCAUGCCCUGGCUUUGAGGAACCCAAGCCCAUGGUCUUUGUCGCCGCAUUCCCUACCGAUCAGGGUGACUACAGCCGACUCGCAGACAGCAUUAACCAAUUAGUGCUCAACGACCGCAGCGUUACACUUCAAAAGGACAACUCAGAAGCACUGGGAGCAGGCUGGCGCCUUGGGUUCCUAGGCAGCUUGCAUUGUUCUGUUUUUCAAGAUCGUCUUAAGCAGGAGCAUGGCCGGAGCAUCAUUAUCACAGAGCCUACCGUGCCGACCAAAAUCAUAUGGAGCAAUGGCAGGGAGGAGGUUGUGCAAAACCCUGCCCUCUUUCCUGAUACUUCUCAUCCGCUUGUGAAGAGCUCACAGCUGCUGGAACCGUUUGUCAAAGCAACUAUUACAGUACCUGAAGAGUAUCUUGGACGAGUAAUUGAGCUAUGUGAAGCAAACAGAGGGCAGCAGAAGAGCAUCGAGUUUUUCAAUAAGGAUCAGGUUAUCCUUGUAUAUGAUAUACCUGCCGCCCAAUUGGUUGAAGACCUCUUUGGAAAGUUGAAAGGGUCGAGUAAAGGAUAUGCUACUCUUGAUUACGAGGAAGCUGGCUGGCGAGAAAGCAAACUAUCUAAGGUACAGCUACUCGUAAACAAACAGCCAGUCGAUGCCAUCUGCAAAAUUGUCCACGCAUCCCAAGUCGAACGCGUCGGUAGGCAGUGGGUAACCAAGUUCAAGGAGCAUGUUGACAGGCAAAUGUUUGAGGUGGUCAUUCAGGCAAUAUCAGGCAAUAAAAUCAUUGCUCGUGAGACUAUUAAACCAUUUCGCAAGGACGUGCUUGCGAAGCUGCAUGCAAGUGAUAUCACGAGACGGCGCAAGCUACUUGAGAAGCAAAAGGAUGGUCGAAAGCGCCUUCGCGCUGUAGGAAAUGUCGUGAUUGAUCAGUCAGCUUUUCAUAAUUUUUUAGCUAAAUAA